UCUAUUUCAAUGAUGACCACACUCGGGGGUACUUCAAUGUCUCCGCCUUCAACAACACACGGGAGAAUCGUGCGAUGAUGUUAUCCGUCCACGACGCUGUGCGUGAUAUGAGGCCAUGGUGGAUCGACAACCACAGGAUCGAGGCACCCAAAUCUAAGGUCAGCGAGAAGGAUCCUGUCGCCGUCGCACAUCAAAAAACGUGGCGGAACUUCCUGAGGGCCUGCAUAGGGAAGGCGUGCGACAAGGCGUUUGUGAAACAGGCACUCGAGAACGAAUACAGCAAGGAUUGGAGUAACAAACUCCGGGGGUACCUGAACCUCGCCAUGUCCACCGACACGGUUUGGCCGCUGGUGGAGAAGUUCUUUGCCAUGUUCGAGGACGGUAAGUUGUCGGCAGGCGACGGCAAGAUCCCGCUUGACAUGCCAGRAAGGAUGGAGGGGCGCCUGCCCGGCCCGUACACAGACGAGAGCAAGGGCCAACGAACUUUGUAYCACUGCAUAUAUGCGAGAGAUGGUCCCAAGGGCUCCACCGUGUCCUGGAAGGAUUUGUGUCCUACAUACUUCAAGAACUUCGGGGACAUGACAUGCCGUGAGAGAGAGGUCRCGCUGAUCCUCCUCAUGUCGGGGAAAGUGGUGGCAACGAAAGUGAAAGUCCCGCCUCCGAGGGUGAACACAGAGUGCCUCCUCGACAUUAUGCGCAAGGAAAGAUACGUGGUCCGCAUGUUCAACUACGUCGUGUUUCGCGCCGAGGGAAGGGCAGAGGAUGAAUGGAACGAUGACUUCUUCAUGUCGUACAAGAACCUGGAAGAGAGAUAUGCAUCGAACGGCCUGUGCGCAGCUGAAUGGGAGAAGCAACGGGAGAAACUGCAUAACAGCUUGGUGAAGACGAUCCCUCAGCGACUUGGAGGAGUGGAGGAGGCAAGGCAGGGUGCGGGCUUGGGCCCUAUAGAAGUGAUGUACAAGGAGGCUCCGUUUCACUUCAAGGUCUUUGUAUACACCGUGAUCGAUAAGCUCGAUAUGCUUCGAGCGGAGGUGAAACGGAUCGCCUCCAGUGCACGCCAUCUUGUAUGGGAAAAACUCGGCAGGCAGACGACAAUGCUUCCUGUAUGUAUGCGGCCGAAGGAGGUUAUGGCGGCGCCCGACGACAUCAUCACAGUCGCACAAAAAAUGGCAUGCAGGGCCGCCAUCGUGGACAUCUCGGUCGCGAAUUUCAGUAGUGCAUGGACCUCGCAGGACUUCGCUACACUGUACGCAAUGAUGGCGAAGUGUUGUGGUCCAAAUUGGGUCCUCUUCUUCUUCGCGCCGCAUAAGGUGCAAAGCGAUGUCUUGCGCCAAUUGUUCCGUUGGGAAGACGUCGAGCUUAUCCCCGGGUCGUGGAAACGUGUGGACAGGCCGGCGAGCGACGUCACAAGGUACGACAACAUCGCUACGACGAGUCGGAACCUCAUGGCCAUCGUGCUGCACGAUGAAGGAGGGGAUUUGAAGAAAGUAAUUGUCGCACCUCGGCUUACCAACGAUCUCACCGAGGUGCAUGUGGUGGAGGAAAAGUUUGGGAAGGCACAUGCAGAACUUGUGUGGGAGUUUUUGCGUGCGGGCAAUAAUGUCAUUGCCUCUGAUGAGUCGGCAAAGGACAUUUCAUACUUGAUAAAGUUCGUCGACAUACUUGUCAAGGAUGGGAGAUUCGUCUGCCGACUCGAGAAACCGCGUUCCGCACAUCGCAGCAACAGGGAUAUGUACCACAAGUUGGGAGCCAAGAGACUGAAGGUGUGGGAAUACCUGUUCUGCAAUACGCCAGAGGGACGCCUUGAUGGGGGAUACAUACAUCGAAAAGCCAAGGUGACCGAGCACCUCAAACAUUAUCACGGUGCUCUAACUGGCGCCUUCGAGACGUUCGUUGCUCGUUGCGAGAUCUUGAGGUUUGAUCUUCACAAAGAUCAACUAGCAUUUAAGGACUAUGCAGAUCUCGCUAAAUCGGGUGAAGGCUUUAACCCCGUCGACAGCGAGGAAGACUCGUCGGACUCCGACCUCGAGAUCGAGAACGACACCAAUGCAACCGGGUGGCAUGGGCACUCUGUUGCCACGGAGCACGGCGUCACGGGAUAUGGACCUGGUCAAUCCGAGGAAUGCUCGAACCUGCCACAUGCGCACAGUGUGGCCUCGGGGGUGGACAAGGUUGAGUGCACGCCUAUGGAAGACGAUGAGGACGAGGACCUCGAUAUUCCUGCUCCGCCAACAAAGCUGGCGCCGGGUGAUCCGGUUCCUUCCACCUUUUGUGCAGACCCGAACACUAUGUAUUUCUUGGAUGACAAAUACGCCCGCACAAGCGAGGACAAGUGGGGUCAUGAUAUCAUUUGGCAUGACGACAUUUUCGCGCCAUGCAUCCAAGGCGGGGAGUGGAAAAUGGCGGUGAAAUAUCUCUCAAAGCGUUGGAGACCGUUUCCCCGCAUGGGCAACGACAGUCGGCUGAAGACGACGGAGCAAUCAAUUUUAUACCGUUGUCGGAAGGAGAACCCCGGGGAGAGUGAAACAUCCAUCGCGGCAAAGGCGAAACAAUUGUUCGACGCAUUGCGAGCCGCUCGGCAGUUGGAGUACUCACACAAGUUUUACGAGCUGCAAUCGAGCCCUUCUUGCGGCAUGAUUGAUUGGAAGGUCCAACGCACAGCCGGCCUCGAGAUCAUGGACGUGGACCCCCGAGGAGAUGCCGCCCCUGUGCCAGAGGCGGCCACAGGGAUUACGAUGGGUGAACAAAGGGAAGAUGGCGGGACAACAUUAGGCGUGAAGGCUCCAUUGCCAAAGGCAGGGAAUACUCCCGCUGGCAAAAAACACCAGCAGAACCAACUCUGUCGCAACGGGGGAUGCAUCACAAGGUGAACAUGUGUCACCUGCCAAGCCGUCGGGUGCAGGCGCCACAUACGGGAGUCUCCUCGCGAC